CAAAUUGUAAAUGUGUUUUGCAUUGCGCGGGAGGAAAGAUAUUUUCAGAUAAUUUCAGUUAUGUUCUCUUGAAUUAUGUAUUUAUAAUUGAUAAUAAACAGUAAUAAUGUCACGAGAUAUUAGAUCAUUUUUUAAUGUGAUUUCAAAAAAGUCUAAUGUUAAUAGUAGCCGCCCCCAAGAAAUAAAGCCGAAAAAAUCGAAAUUGACUAUAAUUGAUUCUGACGACGAUGAUAUAAUCGAAAGUACACCAGAGCAAAGUCAUUCAAAAGUAAGUGUAACUAAACGUAAGGUUAUAGCUAUAAAUUCAGAUUCAGACGAAGAUUCAAAGCAUAAAGUAAAAACUCCAAAGAAAUCUAAAACUAAAAAUACUGGUAAACUAAAACCCGUAAAUAUAGAUGAUGUUUUUGGUAAUACACCUAUAAAACAAAGUAAAGUAGAAGCGGUGCCUGUUAUCAAAGAGUCGGUUGAAAAAAAACAAAAGAAAAAUCGAAAACCUAAAACUGAAAUAGGUGUACAUAAUGAUGAAGAUUUUGAAAAAACGUUAUUGGAAUUGGAUGAUGAAGUUUUAAUACAAAAUGCCGAUAUUUUGGACAAGACAAUUGAAAGAGCUUUACAUAAGGAUGUUCCAAAUGUUAAGAAUACACCUACAAAGGAGAAAUCAAAACAUGAAGGGGAGAAAAAAAGACAGAGAAGAAGUUCUUCAGAAGGUACGCCUCAUAAAAAAGCAAAACUUGAACACUCCGAUUCGGGAAUUGAUCCUGAUCAAGAGGCUUUUGAGAGGAAAAGAUAUUCUGCUAUGUUAUAUCAAAAAUAUAAAAACCGUGGUGGACCUAAACAUCAUGGUGAAAAAGAAAUACCACAAGGUAAACCUGAUUGCUUGAAGAACCUAACGUUUUUACGCACUGGGGUUCUAGAUUCUUUGGAAAGUAACGAAUUUGAAAAUUUAGUUAACGAACAUGGGGGAAGAGUGGUACAUGCAGUGUCGAAAAAAGUCAACUAUAUAGUCGUAGGUGAUGAUCCUGGGCCAUCAAAGUUAGAUAAAGCAAGGGGUUUCAAUAUCCCCGAAAUUUCAGAAGAUGACCUGUUGGAUAUGAUACUGGUAAAAUCUGGCAUGAAACCUAAAUUUUCUAAAACCAAAUCAGAUGUAUCAAGUGAAUCAGGUAUUGCAACAGAAGAUGAAAUUUCACCAAAAUCAAGAAAGAAAGCAAAGUCACCAGAAAGUAAAAUCUUAAAAGAAGGCAAAGAGAUGAUCAAACAUGAAACGUCAAUAAAAAAAGAAGAAAAAUUAGCUCGUAAGACUGACAACAAACUCAAUUUUAAUCAACUUUCAGAUGUAAAAACUAGUUCAAACAACGAUAUGCAUAAGUCUAAAGAUGAAAAAGUAUUGGUCAAAGAAGAGUUACAUUCACCGAAAUCAAAACUCCAAAGCAGUAAAAACGUUAAAUCUGAGGUUAAAUCCGAGAAUUUAUCCCAAAAAGGUUUCGCAAAAAUAGAAAUACCUAAUUCUGCAUUGACUUGGACAGAGAAAUAUAAGCCAAAGGAUAUUAAAAGUAUAAUUGGUCAGCAAGGUGACAACAGUAAUAUGAACAAGUUAAAGAAGUGGUUACAAAAUUGGUACAGGAAUCAACAGCCCGAAGUUCGAAAAAAAAUUCCUAGACCAUCCCCAUGGGCUAAAAAUGACGAUGGUGCUUACUACAAGGCCGCAUUGUUAAGUGGACCUCCAGGAGUAGGAAAAACUACGACUGCCACUUUGAUUUCAAAAGAGUUAGGAUUUGAUGUUGUUGAAUUUAACGCAUCAGACACGAGAAGUAAGAGAUUAUUACAUGAAGAAGUGGCCCAAUUGUUAAGCACAAAUACUAUUGCAGGAUUUGCUGCAGGCAAGAAAACGACUGAUAAAAAAAGGGUUUUGUUGAUGGACGAAGUAGAUGGUAUGGCAGGGAAUGAAGACAGAGGGGGAAUCCAAGAGCUCAUAAACCUUAUAAAAAGUACACAUAUCCCCGUUAUCUGCAUGUGUAAUGACAGAAAUCACCAAAAGAUGAGAUCGUUAGUCAACUACUGUUUCGAUCUAAGGUUUAAUAAACCUCGAGCAGAACAAAUCAGAGGGGCGAUGAUGUCUAUUUGCUUCAAGGAAGGCAUCAACAUUUCUCCUAAUGCUCUAACGGAACUCAUACAAGGUGCAGGCUGUGAUAUCCGCCAAACGUUAAACCACUUGUCCAUGUGGUCAGCUGCAGACAAGAACUUGUCUCCUGAAAUGGUACGAAAAGAAGCUAAAGCAGCCAAGAAGGAUACGGUUUUAGGUCCGUGGGAGGUCGUAAAGCUUGUCUUCUCCAAGGACGAGCAGAAAAAUAUGAGUUUGUCGGAUAAAUUAAGAUUGUUUUUUUAUGAUUACAGUCUGGGUCCUCUUUUCGUUCAGGAGAAUUACCUGAAUGUGACUCCUAGUUGUGAUAGCAAAGAAUUUAUGAAGAGAGCCUCACUUGCUGCAGAUGCAAUCAGCGUCGGAGAUAUUAUCGAUUCGAGGAUAAGAAGUGGGAACAACUGGGCAUUACUAGAAACCCAGGCCAUAUUCUCAUCUGUCUUACCAGGAUUUUACAUGUCGGGUAACGUAACAAGCCGAAUCAACUUCCCCGGAUGGUUAGGAAAGAAUUCGUCUGCCAAUAAACAUAAAAGAAUGUUGUGUGAAUUACAUGCUCACACAAGGACAAGCACUUCAGGCAAUAGAAUGGCACUGAAAUUGGACUACUUAGUACCGUUAAGAAAUGCUGUUAUAACUCCACUGAGAAAAUAUGGUACGGACGGUGUCCAUCAGGCUAUCGAAGUUAUGAAGUCCUAUAAUUUGCUACGAGAGGAUUUAAAUAAUUUAAUAGAGCUUUGCCAAUGGAAGAAUUUGAAGAAUCCUUUUAAUGACAUUGAUGCAAAAGUAAAGUCUGCUUUUACGAGAAUUUACAACAAGGAAGCUCCUCUUCUGCCGUUUGCAGCACAUACGGGCGUAUCUAAAAAGAAAGCAGCCGCUGUGGAAACUGACCUGUUAGAUGACGAAGAGUUUGUUGAAUCCGAUCAAGAAGAAAACGAUGACGUAACUGCAGAUGCUAUGAUUAAGGUUAAAACUAAUUCAAAGGGUAAAAAAGAGCCUAAAGCCUCAACGAGUAAAGCAAAGACUACAUCUAAAGCCACUAAAGGAAAAGGGAAAAAGCCAAAAUAAGUCGCCCUUAUUCAUAACAGUUUGAUUUUAUUAUGAAUAAUUUAUUUUUUACAUGCAUCAUUUUUUAUAACUAGUUUCUGUUAUGUUUUACUGUUUGCCUUAUAUCGACCCAAAAUGUAAAUAUUUUGUUCCAUGUAAUUAUUUAACCUUUAUUUUUUACACAUUAUUGAUCAAGCAAAUUUAUAUAUACUCCUGUUUGAUCAAUAUUGUAUUAGAGACUGUAUUUUUUUGA